UUUUACAGCUCUAAAGGUUCCAGGUGAGUGAGAAGGAGAUUUUUCUUUUGGUCUUACCAGUCUGUCCAGUUUGUUCUUCCAAGGAAGACAGAGGGCAGGUUGUCGAGCCUUUGGAGCUGUUCACUUGUCGUGGAAACACAGAGGAGUAUUGUUGAAGAUCAUUACUAACAGCUAAAUUAUCCACAGCUGAACAAGGGCACUCUUUUCCGAUUUUGUUUGAUCGCUGGUUUUUUGUGGGGUUUUUUGUUUUGUUUUGUUUUGUGGUGGGACCUUGCAGAGACCCAGUAGAUCACGGGACAUAUUUGUGGGGAAGGAUGAGCAGUUUUCUCUACCUCGUCCUCCCAGCUCUGGGUGGAUAUGCUCUCACCUCAGUGUACCUGCUGAAGAAUCCGCUCAUUCUCCAGAGGAGGAAACGGACAGCCUUUUACUGCAAACACAUCUCACACAGAGGAGGAUGUGGGGAGAGGAUAGAAAGCACGAUGGAGGCGUUCACACAUGCGGUGGAGCAAGGCACACAGAUGCUGGAGCUGGACUGUCACUUGACGCGUGACGGAUACGUGGUGGUGUCACAUGAUGAGAAUCUGCUGAGGCAGACUGGUCAUGAUGUCACCAUCUCCUCACUCAAGCUACAGGAGUUGCCUCUGUAUAAGGAGAGACUGGCGGUGACAUUUUAUGCAGGUCAUUACAGCACUGGUUCAGACAGGAAGUUCGCUCUGCUGGAGGACCUGUUCAGGAAGUUUCCCCAAAUGCCUGUCAGCAUUGAGAUUAAAGAGAACAACAGCCAGCUGAUAGAAAAGGUGUCAGACUUGGUUAGACGCUACAAUAGGGAGGAGAUCACCGUCUGGGCUUCUGUGGACUCAACGAUCAUGAAGGAAUGCUGCAAAACGAACAGCUCCAUGCCAUACAGCUUCUCUCUGAAACGAGGUGUGCUGCUUCUGUUUCUCUUCUACACCGGCCUACUGCCCUUUGUGCCGCUUGGAGAAAGUUUACUGCAGUUCUACCUGCCACGUAUCAUCAACAGGACAUUCAUCCCUGAGGAUCCUAUCAUGAGGAACAGGCUGGUCGUCUCUUUGCUGGAAAAAGUAACAAUGAGGAAGAGUCUUUUUAAACACCUUGCAGCCCGGGGAAUCCAGGUGCAUUUGUUUGUGUGCAAUGAAGAUGAAGACAUCAAGUGUGCAUUUGAAGUGGGGGCCACAGGGGUGAUGAGUGACUAUCCAUCAGUUCUGUCAAGCUACCUCCGCAGAAACAGAAGUCAGGACUGAGCCCAAACACAUCUACAAAUAACAGCAUUUGAUAACUCAGGAACGGAAAUGACUAAUGAGGAAAGAUGUGAAACCGAAGUGCAUACAAUUGGUGUUGUUUUUUCGACUGUGACAAGAUUAAUCAGUGAGUUGACAUCUGAAACACCAAUCAAUGGGAACAAAACUAUUUGUUAACUCUUCAAUCUCAAUCCUUAGUCACAGAUGACAGAAUUAUCUGCAGUCAAUUCACUUUUAUGGUCUGUGAGACACAGUGUUUUAAGAAACAAUCAUUGAUUAUUCUUGGAAACAGACCCGAAUUUAACAAAUUAUAAAAACAAUAACACAAAACAGUUACAGGGUUGAUGAUGUUUCACAUUAGAAUAUGUUUCUGAGCAUGUAUGAAAGUGUGUUGUAUCAGUGUGUUGAUGUUUACAUAAGUGUUACCAGGGGGAUGUGUACGUGAUGUGGAGGGGAAUAUGAUAUGAAAUUAGUGAAGUAACUGAAUAAAAAUUUAAGAAAAGAAUGUUCAAAUACACACACGCAUGUACAUAAGAUUAUAAUAAAUAAUAUCUUCUGUUAUUUGGCUUGUGGAGGUGUUCAGUGCAGACUGGCAGUCUGGUGGGUUGAAUUUGAAUCAAUGAGAACAGAUAAGGUUAUUUAGAGAACAUUAAUAUUUAUAAACAAUAGCUAAUCUGUCUAUAACUGAUUUUGGUAAGCUCAUUGUUUCUCAUAAGAUCACUGAUUUGGGCAGUGUGGUGAAGUUUAGACUGAACCACCCUGACAGCCUGGAGUUAAUGUGGAUCUGUGGAUAUAUAGGCUGCUGCAUCCCAGCUGUUGAUCCCUAGUGGAUAAACAGUGGACUUCAUCCAGUUUGCAACUGUUAUUGUGAUGCUACAAAGCCAAAUUUCCAAUUCACCUUAUGAAAGACUUUUCAGCAUCAAGGGAGAUGAAUAAUGUAUAAAACUCAACAGUUUGCAUGCAUCACUGGAUGAGUGUAUACCUUUAAUAACACUGGUUUGAUGCAGAUGCAUUGUGCCUUACUUAAGUUUUUAAUGUGUGUGUUGAGUGAAAUGGGAUAGUAGCUGGCUGGUAGAAAUCUUUGUUGGGUUUCAAAAAAGGUGAGAUUGUGGCAGCAUUUACGUUUGUUACAGGUAGUUUGGUUUCAUUAUAUUUUUCAGUCUGUGAAGAAGUGGUUCCUGAAUGAACUCAUGUUUAUAGCCAGAGUGAAUAUUUAACCAGCUGGACUCACCUGACAUCACAUUUCUCAUGCUAAGAGGAUAAGCGUGACUUUGUUAUGACAAUGUCUGUAUUAUUUUCUGACAAUAUUUGAUGGGUUUGAGUAAGUGCUGGAUUUUAUAAAUAAAAUAUCUGGACAGUU